UCUUCUCUUCCGUUAGAUUAGGUUCAUACUCAAUUGAUUUGAUCCUUCUUUGCUUUCACGCUUUCAAGUUGCGAAGUUUUAAUUCGCUCAGAAUAUGCCUGAAGUGGAUAGUUCCUCCACCAAACCCCCUCAAAUCUCCGAGAUGUUCCAGAAAUUUGCCCUCGCUUUCAAGACCAAAACCUUCGAGUUCUUCGCCGACGAAGAUCAGGCCGCCGGCGCCGCAGGUGAAGACUCCGAUGGCUUCUCCCUCUUGGAUUCUGCCGAAGAUUUCAUCACCGACCAGAAAGUUGUGGUGAUCAAACCAGAUCCAGCCUGCAAUUUCUUUCGCGAAACGACGCCGUCUCCGCCUGAGCCGCCCAUAGCGAAGCCUGCGGUUGAGAGCUCCGUGAAGAAGUUGGAGCAAACUGAGAAAUUAUUGUCGCCGGCUCAACAAGCGGCAGUGACGAAGUCAUUGAGCGAGAGUGAGAUCAGAGCAUUGAAUACUCAGAUGAUGCACACGGUCUUGCUUAGGAGCUCAGGUGGAAGAAAAUCAGAACAAGCUGCGGACUCUGGGGACUGUUUCGAACCGCUUACAGUCAGAGCUUGAACAAAAACAUGAUGAGGUUUCGGUUCUGAGGAAAAAGUUGGACGAAAUUCAAAAGACUAAUGUCAAGUUGUCCAAGAAGUUAUGCGGUAACUUGAAUUCUUCUAAUGAUGUUUUGCUAACCGUAAGAGUGUUUGAUUCGGUCUUGCAUGAUGCUUCUAGGGAAACUCACAAAUUUACUAAGAUAUUGAUUAG